GCGCAAAUAGCUCCUACUGGUUUCCGUUAUAGUGGGCAGUGAUGAAGCCACUUUUUGGCAGGGUUUAACCAAGAAAGAAAAAAAAGAAGAAACAUGAUUUAAAAAAAAAAAAACAUACAAAAAGAAUCCCGCGAGAAUCCAAACAAGGGUUACCAUGGCUAUAAGGGAACUGAAAGUGUGUCUGCUUGGGGACACAGGGGUUGGAAAAUCAAGUAUUGUUUGCCGUUUCGUCCAGGACCAUUUUGAUCAUAACAUCUGUCCCACAAUAGGUGCGUCCUUUUUGACUAAGACAGUCCCCUGUAGCAAUGAGCUACACAAGUUUCUAAUUUGGGACACAGCUGGGCAAGAAAGGUUUCAUUCUUUGGCACCUAUGUACUACAGAGGAUCAGCAGCGGCUGUUAUAGUGUAUGACAUCACUAAACUGGACUCAUUUAUAACGUUAAAGAAAUGGGUAAAAGAGUUAAAGGAGCAUGGCCCAGAAGACAUUGUAGUUGCCAUUGCAGGAAACAAGAGUGAUCUUGGUGACAUCAGAGAGGUUCCUGUCAAAGAAGCUAAAGAAUACGCUGAAUCAAUAGCAGCUAUCUUUGUAGAAACCAGUGCUAGGAAUGCUGUUAAUGUUGAGGAACUCUUUCAAAAAAUCAGCCGACUGAUCCCACCGCUGGAUCCUCAAGAACUAGAAAAUAAUGAAACUUUUAAACUGACAAGACAGCUAUCACCACCUAGCAAACGCUGCUGCUAACAGGAGAAAAGUACAUUGGCGCAAUCUAGGAGUCUGACAUCAUUUCAAUCAAACAUACUUCUAAAACAAUCAUUCAGAAACAAUAAUUUGUUUGUCAUAUUCCGGUUUUACAUCACUGUCUGAGAUGAGGUAUCUCUGUCCCUUGAUGUCAAGGAUGUAAUGAUACAGACAGUUGUCAAUUUGAAGCUGACUUUCAUUGUAAUCAGAAUAGCAUGCUGUAGUUCUGUGUGUUUUCAUUACUGUAGAUUAUAAUGUAAAUGUUGCCUGUCAGCACCUAUUUAAUCUUUUUUUUUUAAUUAUUACUUCUAAUUGUUUAUGUACAAUUUUGCCAAUCAGCAUACCUUUCUUUUAUACAGCAAAAAUAAUGUGUCCUUAAUUGAUAAAGUCAGAAAUAAAUUAAAAGGAGGGUUUUUGGAAAUCAUAAAAAAAAACCACAGGAUUCCAUUUACAGAAAUAAAGUAAUAGAGCAGGAACUUAAGCAGAAGUUUGUUACAAAUGAAAACAAAAAAAAUACUUCCCUCACAGAAUAAAGAGACUGCCUAUCUUCUCAGGCUUAUCAUCGCCCUGUGUGUGUAGACUUCAUUAUGCGAGAUUAAGCUGUGAAAAUGUGCCAGGAGUUGUGAGCACUAUAAUGGAAUGUUGCAGGUUAAAUAUCAUAAUGUAAAUGUAUAAGAUUUGGUGCGAUGCAGUGAAAUAAGAGUGCGCUUGGAGUGGCUACUUCAUUGCAGGCUGGAUCUACAUAAGAGUCACUAACAAUACCUGCCAAUGUGUUUUGUAUGAAUUGUUAUGGAGGAGUAAUUUCGUUUUCUGAAUUUAAACUUCCUGAUUCUGAAUUCCUGACUCUGGGGGCGUCAUCUAUGACAUGGAUCUGUACAAAAGACGUCUUAUCUAUAGGACUGCAAUUAAUGUAGAUAAAGAUACCAUAUAGUGAAAGACAUUUUAAUAGAGUUCCUGCUCUCUCUCUCUAUAUAUAAAAUCUGUACAUGUACCACUUACCUAUUCUAAAUUUGGUUUAUUUAGUAGAAUCUACUGAUUUGUUAACAAACAUUCUGAAAGGAUUGGUGGUUGGAAACUGAAUUGUAAUUCAGCCAUGCUAAUAAGAUGCACAUUUAAAAAAAAAUAAGAAAAGUUUACAAUACCAAUAAGGUAUUCUGGCUAUUGUCAUUUAUUUAAUUAUAUUAUUGGCAACUGGCUACUUAUCUAUUUUGUGUCUUUAUGUUUAAGGACUAAGUGCCUUAUAACGUAGCAGCGCGUGUACAUACGUCAGUACUCAUGUCACACUUGUUUUGUCACACAGGUUUUGCUUAUGUCCAAUUAUGACGAAUCUUGCCAAGGACAUUACAAUAAUUAGAAAUCAAAAGGCAUUACAUAUUAUUUAUGUGUCUGUGACGGUGUAAUAUUGUAAUUGUGUGCAAAUCAUUUACAACGCUUUUUAUUUGAAAUGAGACAUCAGUACAAUAUCACAGAAGAGAAGUAAUGUAGUAUGACCCCAAUACAAUGCUAAAAUCAAUGCUCACUCAAAUGUCUUAUAUUAAAUAGUGGUUUAGGGUUACACAUGUUAAAUGAAUUAAACACACAAGCCCCUAUUAAGAGACAUGGUUCUGUAUAAAUAGUAGAUUGUACUUAGUGUUGCUUACACAGCUCAAAAGACAAUGGGUUAAUGUUGCCAUAGUGUUAUAAAGUCAUUAGAUUGCUUGGUUUGGGGUGCUUUUGUUCUGUGUUGCUCUACUGAUCAAAACUUCUGUCGAAAUUGUUACUAAAUGUUGACCGGUAUUCAGAGUGACUUAUAAUAACCUUCAGAAGGCAAUUAAUACCCAUAUGAAGGCUUUCUCUUGGAAUCAAACCCGUCAAGUAUUGCCCCCAGCCUAAAUAUUGUUUAAACCAGUGUACAACAUUUAAUGUCUUACCUCCUUACUGAAAGAUGGUACAAUCUCCAAUCUCAAGUCUCUUUUAAUGUGUUCUGUUAAGUGGGCUGGUUCCUCAAAACAAAAUGUGCAUGUGCCAAAUUAAUGCACCUUAAUGUCAGUAUUCAAGCUCUGUAUACCUCAUCAUAUUGUUAAACCUGCUAAAUAUAUUCGCUAUGCAAAUCUUCCUAAUAUUUGAUCUUAAUCUUGUCUUAUUAAUAAACUUUGUUAGUAUUA